AUGGCCCUUUUUGCUAUAUACCACUACAAUCACAACCGGGAAGAGGGCCAAUUCCACCGUCGGUAUCUAUAUUCGCCGCCACAAAACGCCGUUUCCUCGCCGGAAACCGGCCGCAUAAAUUGGGUGAAUUAUCAAUCAAUCGAUCUGUUCGAGAUGGGCGACUCCACUGCCAGGGAUGGCGGUGAUAAUAGCUUGUCGGAGAGAAACGUCGCUGAAGAAGUUUCUAGGCUUGUGGAACAAAGUAAAGAGUUGCAGGAAUCAGCGUCGACCUUAAUUUCUAGAAAUUCACAGGAGGAAUCAUCGCUACGCCAACGAGCCCUAGCUCUCGAUUCAAAUAUCAAAAUGUUAAGAACGUUCAUUGGUUCCUCCGUCAAGAAAGGCAAUUUAGAUUCCAAACAUGCAGAAAAAUUAGCUGAAGAGCUGAGUAGAGCAAGUUUUACAUUGGGUGAAGGAGAUGCAGCUACAUUUCUUCCCUGCAAAUCACAUGGAAGAUUUUUGAGGAUGCUUCUUGGUCCAAUAAAUGUUCGUGCUAACAGACAAGAUGUUCAAUUGAAAGUGAAAGAAGAAUACUAUAGUUUCAGAGAUAGAACUGCAUAUCUGUUUCUCUUUUUUCCUUCAUUGCUACUGGUGUUAAGGUCAUGUCUUUGGGAUGGAUGUUUCCCUGCUUUACCUGUUCAGAUUUACCAGGCAUGGUUGCUGUUUCUAUACACAGGGUUAGCUUUAAGAGAAAAUAUUUUGAGAGUUAAUGGAAGCGAUAUACGUCCAUGGUGGAUAUAUCAUCACUAUUUUGCUAUGGCCAUGGCACUCAUCAGCCUCACUUGGGAGAUAGAAAGGCAACCUGAUUGUGCCCAAAAGCAGAAAGGUAUACAAUUGUUUCUGAGAUGGGCAAUCAUGCAAGGUGUAGCAAUGCUUCUACAAAACAGAUACCAAAGACAGAGACUCUACACACGCAUUGCACUUGGGAAGGCUAGAAGAAUGGACGUUGUGUGGGGGGAAACUGCUGGAGUAAAAGGUCAAUUAUGGAUAUUAUUGCCCAUACUCUUUGUCUUGCAGGCUUUUGAAGCAUAUGUAGGUGUGCUAUUGCUAAAAACAGCAGUCGUAGGUGUCAUUUCUGAAUGGCAGGUUGUUACGUGUGGGAUUCUGCUGAUAAUUAUGGCUGUUGGGAAUUUUGCAAAUACAGUUCAGACUCUUGUACUGAAAUCUCGGUUUAAAGCAAAAAUGAAGAAAGAUAAUAACUUUACAAGAUCACAGAAGCUACUGGACUUGUCUCAACGAUUUCGUCAAUCGAAGUCUGUUUCCCCAAUUUCAGAUGACCCCUCGAUUGGUCAAUCCAACCAAUCCAAAAGAUCCAAAAACCCCAACCGAGCUGCAGUUCUGAUAUGCCUGUUCGAGGAAGGAGACGAUAUCAAUGUCAUUCUAACUCAACGAUCAUCGAAACUUUCAUCUUACUCUGGGCAAGUAUCUUUGCCAGGAGGUAGAACAGACGAAGAGGAUACAGAUGAUAUUCGAACCGCAUUGAGGGAAGCUGAGGAGGAAAUUGGAUUGAAUCCAGCCCUUGUGGAUGUUGUUACUGUUCUUGAACCUUUUGUAACCAAGGGAAAUGUUAGUGUGGUUCCAGUGAUUGGAAUAUUAUGGGAUAAACAAGCAUUCAAUCCAAUUCCAAAUGCUGAAGAAGUAGAAUCAAUAUUCUAUGCUCCUUUGGAAAUGUUUCUCAAGAAUGAAAAUAGAGGAGAAAAAGAGUGGGAAUUAGGAGGACACAAAUACUUGCUUCACUAUUUCUAUCACAAAACAAACGACAGCAGGGUGUAUGAGAUAUGGGCUCUAACCGCCGGAAUCUUGAUAGCUGCCGCCUCCAUAGUUUUCCGGCGACCACCUGAAUUUCAGCAGAGGAUGCCUAAAUUCUGGAACAGAAACCACAGCAAAUUCUAAUGUUAGUGGAAUGACACUCCAAAAAUGAAUAAACAUGACAUUAGUUGAAUGUAAGUAUACAUUGAUCUUACCAAAGAUUAAAUUGUAAGUUUAUUGUAUCAAAUUAAAUUUUUAUGUUUCGUAUCUUUAAAUGUCACACAAUCUUCCAAAGCUGCUAAACUUUUUACACGAGAUCUUAGCACCAAAGAAUUAUCCUAUUCUUGAUAAAUUAAA